UUCAAACUUACUGGUACAUACAAACCGAAGGUGGAAGAACCCAUCGACAAUAUUGUGAUGGUUUCACUGUUUCAGCUACUAUUCUUGCAGCAGAGGCGUUCCCUUUGCUCGAGGGCGUCCCCCAAACGAUGGAGAGUGAAGCAGGUCAACAACUCCAACUUCCCUGAAUCCCUACAGGAGAUUAAGGCCCACAUCGCGCAUUCAGACUUCGUGGCCGUAUCCAUGGAGAAGACGGGCUCCCCCGCGCCGCCCUCCUGGCACCGCCUCCUCCCAUUCGACACGGUGGAAACUGCCUACCUCAAGGCCAGCCUCUCCGCCCAUCGCUUCCAGCUCCUCCAGUUCGCUGUCUGCCCUUUUUCCAUUUCCGACUCUAAUGCCCUCGUCGCCCAUCCGUAUAAUUUCCUGUUGUUUCCCAGAGAUGAGCUGAGAAUGGGGAUGCCCUCUUACAGUUUUUCAUGCCAGCCUUCGUCCCUUGCAUCUAUGGCAUGCCAUGGUUUUGAUUUCAAUGCAUGCAUAAAUGAUGGCAUAUCAUACUUGUCCCGGGUGCAAGAGUCAGUGGCCAAAAUUCGUUGUGGGACUGCGUUGCCUUCUUUUUGUGUGAUGAAAUCUUCUUCAAUCACUACUGUUGCUGAUACAGUUUUUGUUGAGAGGAUUAAGUCACGGAUUAAACAUUGGAGAAAGACAUGUAAAAGCUCUGGUACAAGUGGAAACAAAGAUGAAGAGCUUAUAAACUCCCUUAGGAAUAUUGUCCGGGGCAGUGAACAAUUAAGAUCAAGACCUUGCCUGACUAUAGAUGUUUGCAGUGAACGUCAAGUGCAGCUAAUUGUGGAGAUGUUGGCAGAAAUUUCAGAUGACCUUCUUCCUUUGAUAAUCCCUGCAAAGAGUGGAUCCACCCAGGCUAUACGUGUUGUUUUGGCAAAUUCAAAAGAAGAUAAGGAUUUCUUGGAGAGAGAGCUUCAAAAUGUUGAAGAGGAGGAGACAAAGAAAAUUCGUGGUUUUCGAGAGGUGAUCGACUUGAUUUCUGCUUCACAGAAACCUGUUAUCUCCCACAAUAGCCUUAAUGAUUGUACACUUAUUCAUUCAAAAUUCAUUGCGCCACUUCCACCUGAAGUAGAUGAAUUUGUGAGCUCCAUGUGCACGGUUUUCCCCAAAGUACUUGACGUAAAUUAUUUGAUAAGGGUAAUUGGAACCAAGAGAAAAGUGGCCAACAUACCUAGUGCUAUAUCCUACUUGAAUAAUCAUUUCUUUGCACCUGUUGAUGUGAAAAUUCCGGACCAAGGUACAACAAAUGAAGGCAAGAGCCAUGGAAUUAAUGCAUUAAGGCUAUGCUAUUUAUUUAUGAAACUUUGCUCAAUAUUGAAAGUUUCCCCAUAUGUUAAUGAGUCCGGCAGUAAGCAUUUGGCAGCUGAGCUCGAAGACUAUGCCAAUGUAUUUCAUCCAUGUGCAGCAGCCGAUAUCCAAGAGUCACCAGUUAAUGGGGAUAUCAGUAUAUGGGCCAAAAAUACUAGGAAAGUUAGCAUUGACAAUGUGGUUUUCCUAUGGGGAUUCAAAUUUGGGACGACGGCAGGGAUGUUGAAGAGUCUACUCCAUGCCGCCCAUGAUAUAUUCUUGGGAGAAUUCGAUGUUAAAUUGGUGGAUAAGAGUUGUGCCAUUGUUGUAUUCUGGCAGCCUAGUUUAUCAAAACAGUUUCUUGAUGUAAUGAAUAGUAAAGAAGUUGAUGGAGCCUUGAAGGAAUUGGUAUCUGAUGGCAUGCGAGUAACCUGUUAUCAGACCUACAAGACAAUAUGUAGGCUAGGGUUAUGGGGGAUGGAUCUUGCAGAGUCAUUAGAGAGCGGCUUGGGGAGUUCUCACUCCGAUAUGAAGGUGGAUUCUGGGAGCAAAUCUUCAGAGAUUCAUUGGCACAAUGACAACAUAAUUAACUUCGAUGAUCUUUGAGUUCAUUAACCUUAUUGGCAGUUUUUCGUUCACUAAUUGACACGUUUUUAUCUGAAUAACUAUUUCCUCAGACGGAAACUGUAAAUGUAUUAUAUUUGCUGCUGGCAUGCGUAUAGAAUAGAAGACACUUUUAAUGUCUUCAUGACAGGGCACACUAGUACUGUUUGAUGAUUAUAACUGACUUCACCUAGUGAGAUAUAAGGCUUUAGGCUUUGUUGUAUUUA